AUGGCUGGGAAUGUCAAGUGUGAAGAUACCUGUCAUCUGCCUGGGGUGCAGACAGUGACCAGCAUCCACACUUGUGUAGACACCUACCAUAUGACCAGCAGUGUUCUCAUCCUGCUGAAGGCUGACGAUGUGCACUCCCUUGUCCUCUGCCAAACCAAGGACAGAUCCAUACUGUUUUCCCACAAAACCAUCAGACUGGACCACUACCUCCGUGGUAAGGAUAUUCUCUUUGUCCAGACAGGAACCCCUGCCUGUAUUCAGAUGGAGAAAGACAGAGAACAGUCUUCUAGGGAUGGUGUCUUGCUUGGCGCCCUCCCCAUUAGCAGCAUCAUUGAGACAAUGCCUCUCACCUGGUUGGAGAAUUGUGAUAUAUUCAAGGGAGCUGAGCACCCCACGUCCAAGCAGAAUAGUGAUGGGACCUACACCCUGGAAAGCUUGCCGUUGGUGAAUGCCUUGGUGCAGAGGUCCGAGCGUGUGCUCCCCUGUAAAGUGCAGCAUAAGGCACCGCCGCCCAUUCAGGCUGGCCCCAUAGUGUUCUCAGCUUCCCAGGGCAUAUACAAACCUACUGGGAGCUCAGGUUCAGAGAUGCCUGCCCUUAUCUUUGUGGCUUUCCUCGUGGGCUUCAAAGUGCUGCUGGUGAUCUGUUUCAUAAGCACAGAAGUUCAGGUUCUCCCCAAGACACACAUUUGGACAGAGCAGGCUCCUCAGGCCUCCACGAUGCCCAUCCCUGCCUCCUGGUCCCACCCUCCUCCUCUUUGCCUGCAGCUGACUCUACUGCUUGGACUCACAGGAGUGGCAGGUGAGGAUGAGCUGCAGGUGAUUCAGCCUGAGAGGUCAGUGUCAGUUGCAGCAGGAGACACAGCCACGCUGCGCUGCACCAUUGCCUCCCUGCUCCCUGUGGGGCCCGUCGCCUGGUUCAGCGGAACUGGGCCAGGACGGGAAUUACUCUACAGUCAAAAAGGAGGCCCCUUCCCCCGAGCAGCAACUGUUUCAGAUACUACAAGGAGAAACAACACGGACUUUUCCAUCCACAUCAGUAACAUCACCCCAGCAGACACUGGUGUCUACUACUGUGUGAAGUUCAAGAAAGGAGAACCUAACGACACAGAGGUUAAGUCCGGACCAGGCACUCAUCUCACUGUGAGUGCCAAGCCUUCUCCUCCCGUGGUAUCAGGCCCUGCCAUGAGGGCCUCACCUGAGCAGACAGUGAGCUUCACCUGCACAUCCCACGGCUUCUCCCCCAGAAACAUCUCCCUGAAAUGGUUCAAAAAUGGCAAUGAGCUCUCCGCCUCCCAGACCAACGUGGACCCAGAGGGAGACAGCGUUUCCUACAGCAUCUCCAGCACAACCAGGGUGCAGCUGGCCCCGGGGGAUGUCCACUCCCAGGUCCUCUGCGAGGUGGCCCACGUCACCCUGCAGGGGGGCCCUCCUCUCCGUGGGACUGCCAACUUGUCUGAGACCAUCCGAGUUCCGCCCACCUUGGAGGUUACCCAACACCCCACAGCGGGGAACCAAGUGAACAUCUCCUGCCACGUGAACAAGUUCUACCCUCAGCGCCUACAGCUGACCUGGCUGGAGAAUGGAAACUUGACCCGAACAGAAACGGCCUCGACCCUCAUAGAGAACAAGGACGGGACCUUUAACCGGACGAGCUGGCUCCUGGUGACCUCAUCUGCCCACAGGGAGGCCGUGCUGCUCACCUGCCAGGUGGAGCAUGACGGGCAGCCGGCGGUCACCAAAAGCUAUACCCUGGAGCCCGCUGCUCCCCAGAAGGACCAGGGCACCACCAAUAAACCCCCUGGCCCAGAGCUGUCUUCUCCUCUCCUGGCAGCUCUCCUCCUAGGCCCCAAGGUGUUGCUGGUGGUUGGUGUCUCUGUCAUCGGUGUCUACAGGAAGUGCUGGGCUUGA